UUCCCGUGUGCACUGUGCAGCAGGCAGUGAGACAAAGCGGCGAGUGCUUUUCAGGCGUGCGGCUUGCAGCUACAGCGUGCAGGAGCUGGCCGCAGCCGGCGGCUCGCUUUCUGCAGAAUCCGAACGCAGUGGGAGGAGGGAAGGUUCGGCGUGGGCUCGCUGUGUCACCGGAAGAAAAGAGAAGGGCGUCAAAACAUGGGACGCGUCGCAGGUCUGCAGCCGGAGGUUCUGAUUCGUAUCUAACCAGGGAGGACGUGCGUUUGUGUGUGCGCGCCGAGAGGACGGACACAUCCCUGACCGGACAGCACCCUCCCUUUGGGUCAACGCAAGAAGAGGAUCGACGCUUUGGCUCUCGCAAACGCCAGCUGCUCCACUUCUCAUUGAUGCUGGUGGAGGCUCAGCCUUUCAAUUGCCGCCAGCACCGAGCCCACCUCUACUCCCGCCAUGGCGACGAGCAGCGAGUCUGGCGUCCAAAGGCUGGAGUCCAGUUCUGAGGGAAAAAGCAGCAGUCUCACGGACAUCCUGGCCGCCAUGUCCACGGAAGAUGUGGGUGGUUCUGUGAGAAAUGGAUGCGAUCAGCUGGAUAGGGAUCAGGCCAAAAGGACUCAGGCUUCACGUCCUCAGUUGAGCGGGAGGAAGUUGUCUCUCCAGGAGAGAGGUACUUACCUCUCCUCUGGAGGGGGUUACACACAGAUCUCCCCCCGGGUGGCUCGAAGGCCCACAGUGGAGUCCAAACGCGUGUCCAUAUCAGACUCUCAGGAUUGUAUCCAGUUGAACCAAUAUAAGUUGAAGAGUGAAAUUGGAAAGGGUUCCUAUGGUGUGGUGAAACUCGCAUACAACGAGGAUGAUGACAAACAUUAUGCCAUGAAAGUGGUGUCCAAGAAGAAGUUAAUGAAGCAGUGUGGUUUUCCACGUCGUCCACCUCCAAGAGGACCCAAGGCAGUUCAAGGAGAGCAGCCCAAAUUCUUGGGACCACUAGAAAGGGUCUACCAAGAGAUCGCUAUCCUGAAAAAGCUCGAUCAUGUCAACAUUGUUAAACUAGUGGAGGUGCUGGAUGAUCCUUCGGAGGAUAAUCUUCACAUGGUAUUCGAGCUGAUGCCCAAAGGGCCAGUGAUGGAAGUACCCACAGACAAUCCGUUGUCAGAGGAGCAGGCAAGGUUAUACUUCCGAGACGUCAUACUUGGUAUUGAGUACCUGCACUACCAGAAAAUUGUACACCGAGACAUCAAGCCUUCUAAUUUGUUACUGGGGGACGACGGCCAUGUGAAGAUUGCGGAUUUUGGAGUGAGCAACCAGUUUGAGGGCAAAGAUGCUUUGCUGUCCAGCACGGCUGGCACUCCUGCAUUCAUGGCGCCGGAGACGUUGUCAGAUAAACGCAAAAGCUUCAGUGGAAAAGCGCUGGAUGUUUGGGCUAUGGGAGUCACUCUGUACUGCUUCAUCUUUGGAAAGUGCCCAUUUAUCGACGAGUACAUAUUGGCUUUGCACAGUAAGAUAAGGACCAAAUCUGUGGAUUUCCCUGAAAUACCAGAAAUCAAUGAAGAGUUGAGGACUUUGAUCUUGCGGAUGUUGGACAAGAACCCAGACACUCGGAUCACCAUCGCUGAGAUCAAGAUGGACCAGUGGGUGACUCAGGGUGGUAGCGACCCCCUGCCUUUAGAGGAGGAGCACUGCUCUGUGGUGGAGGUGACAGAAGAAGACAUUAAGAACUCGGUCAAGUUUGUCCCCAGUCUCUCCGCUGUGAUCUUGGUGAAAGCCAUGUUGAGGAAACGCUCCUUCAGUAAUCCGUUUGAAUGUCCCAGUCGGAGGGAGGAGAGGUCCAUGUCUGCACCCGGAAGUUUGCUCAUGGAUUCUUGGCCUUUCCGGCCAUCUUUAAAACUGCACCCAUCACUCAGAAAGAGCAGCACUGGUGAUGGACCCAGAGAAGGAGAGCUGGAGGACUUGCAUGAAGAUGAAACCUCCUCUUGAAUUUUCUUCUUUUUUUUUUUUCCCCCCCUUUGCUUCAAGCACUGUGCGCUUGUCACUUUGUCUUCUACGCAGCAGGCACGGAACUUCUAUAUUUUGCUUUUUAUACCGAGACUUGCUUUUAUUUGCACUUGUUGGCUUCAGAGAGAGAGACACUUUCUUUUUUUAUGAUUACAGUUUGACCAAUUUUCCUUUUUAUAUUUUGGACCGUGUGUCUUUGAGGGAAUGACGACAGGACUUUUCAUUUUUAACCAACGAUGGCUUAUUUUAUUAUGUAGAUGUCUAGAGGUUUCCACAACGGUUUACUCAUUUAUUGCCUUCGUUGCUCUGACGCUCGAAGUUUCUUGCGACAACCCGCUUUUGAAAGCAGAGCUUCAUUUCAUUUUAUAAUAACUAUUCCAUACUUCAGAUUUAGUAUGUGGACAUUUAUAAGAACUUAGCAUGAUUUUGCUAUCUUUCACCUCCACUGAUUUGGAAUGAAAUAAUCAGGCUCAAGUGGAGACUUUGACAAAAAUAUGUCAUUUAGGAAUUCCCACGAUUUAUGCAGAGUACCUCGUUUGCAUUUUAAUGCUUGAAUGGAAAUCAUCUGGAGUAAGUGUUUGAGGUCAGAAGCCCAUAUGUCGCCAAAUUCCAACUCGUCCCUUAAAUCUCAUAUGAGGAUUGGCAGUGAGAUUUUUUUUUGUUUCUUCAAAUUUUAUUCUGGUUUUUCUAUUUUUCCCUUGCGUGGAAUUUAACUGGAAUUAUUUCCAAUGUUGUCAUCGGCUGCUACUAGCAAAAGAGAGUUCCAUUGACGAGGUGCAUUUCAAAGUCCCGAAUAGUCAUAGAUUUGCACUCCAGCUUGCCUGAUUAAUAAUAAUAAUACAUUUUAUUUAUAAGGCGCCUUUCAAGGCACUCAAGGUCGCCGGAAGAUUAGAAACGGGGACCGCUUUUGUCACUCCUCCAGUAAAAGUAAACAAGGGAGCGAUGCUAGAAUAGAACGGACAUAGGAAAGUGGUUUACAUAUUUAUUCAGUUCACAGAAUCAUAAAUACUGCUCACAGCCGGACCGCUAUUGCUUCAAGGCAGACUCAUAUCUUAAUGUGCGAUUCUGAAAAAUGUGGCUGUAUCUUAGCGAUGAGGGGAUCCCUCAAAGAAGGACUUUUACAAUUCUUUUGAAAUGAUCAAGCCUAUUUUGUAUGCAAAACAUUCAAUGUAAAUAUGUGUUGAAUUGUUGUGUGCUAGCGCGUCUUUUGUCCAAACACUCAGGCUGCUCAUCACUCUGCUUGCACUUUACAUGACUCCAUUUACAUAUUUUGACAUGGAAGAGCGUGGAUCCCCCCUUUAAAAAAGAUGCUUUACUCGUUGCUGCUUAUUUGCUUUGAAUAUAUUUUAUGUGAAUAUUUCAAAGUUUUCAACUGUAAAAUUAGCUAAUAAAUGUGUCACAAACUACUGAGGCGCUGAUGUGCAUAAGUGAUGAUUUUUUAAAUUUUUUAAUUUGUCAGUAAACUUCUUGAGUCAGGAUAUAUUAGAAGAAGCCUUUGUGGUAUUCUGCAGGUCUGAGAUAAAUAAAUAACCUGCAUGUUUGCUUUUCUGUGAGUCCUUGAUAAAGAAUUUAAUACUUGCGGGAAUGCAUGUUGUUGAGCAUUUGUACCCAGCGGCAUCUUAUGUACAUAGUUAAUGUAUUCAAAGUACGAAAACAGUGCGUUCAAAGGAGAAAAGAAAUAAAUGGAUGCUGUAUUGAAAGUGUUUCGGGGGUCAACUAAAAAUGUAGGAAUAUGAGCUUGCUGCUGUGUAUUUGACUGUCCUAUUAUUCCACGUGGAAGGUCUGUGUUGUGUCGUUUUGUACAUUACUGCAUGUACAGCGCUUAACACAUUUGUUCGACCACCAUCAAGGCUUUUUACAUGGUUUGUUUUUACCAUUUUGAACAAGGACUUGGAAUUUAUUAGAUCUAAAUUUAAUCAAUCAUACCAUUCCACCACUAAAAUAAUUGUCCCCCAGAAAAUCUAGAAUAAAAUGUGCUUAUUUUUUGGGGGGAAGGGGUAAAUUUGAAAAUUCAACAAUGACAAUUAUUUUAGCAUCAAGCAUAUAUUUGUGUUCCUACUGCAUUACACAAAGCUGAAUUAUCAUUUUGGUGGUCCAAUUUGUUAAGCACUGCAUGCAGCAGUCACAUUGUAAAUAUGUACUUUAUACAGUAUAUAUGCAAACAAAGCUAUUUUUGCAUGCCUUUUGUACACCUUGAUUUAAGAGACAAUAAAAUUGAAACACAUUCCAAA